AAAUAGGGCGCGGGGGUUGGGGCUCGGGAGACCGCCCGCCCCGAGCACAGCAGUGGGCCCUGCGCCAGUCCUGCCAGCGGCGGGUGUGCGGCGGUGCGGUGAGCCCGCAGGGAUCCUGGCUCUGGGGCGGCCUCCGUGAGUCACCGUGAGUCGUCGCAAACGCCCAGAGGAAAUCAGGCACAGGGCGGGGCGCGUUCCCGGCUGAGCUCGAGCGCUCCGCUCGCGCCGCGGUGUCUCUUCGCUCACCCCGGCUCGGGGUCGUCUGGCCGGUGCUACCUGGUCUGCGCCCUUUGCGGUGGCUUCCGCGCCCGCCUGGCCUCCAGCCGAGAGAGUUAACCCGCCGCGGUUAGGAGGAGCCCGAAGAGGAAGGAAGAACAGCGCUGUCGUUCUGAAAGUUUUUUCCUUCCUCUCUUCUUUUCCCCGCAGUGCGUGCGGGGAGGCGGCGGCGCUGACUCCCAGGAGCCGGGGCUCCGCGCCUCUGCUCCCCGAGCUGCCCCCGACCGCCAGGGGAUAGGGACAGCUGUCGCGCUCGGCCUCUCCGUGGACUCUUUGCGAGCGGGUGCUCUGAGCCAUGGAGGGCGCAGAGCUGGCGGGCAAGAUCCUUUCCACCUGGCUGACGCUGGUGCUCGGCCUCAUCCUCCUGCCUUCCGCCUUCGGAGUGUCUUUGGGCAUCUCCCAGAUCUACAUGAAGAUCCUGGUGAAAACUUUAGAGUGGGCCACAAUACGAAUUGAAAAAGGAGCCCCCAAGGAGUCAGUUCUUAAAAACACAGCUUGUGGUGGUGGUAUUAUUCAAAGAGAUGAGUCACCCAUGGAAAAAGGGCUCUCUGGUCUUCGAGGAAGGGACUUUGAGCUGUCUGAUGUGUUUUACUUCUCCAAGAAGGGAUUGGAAGCAAUUGUAGAAGAUGAGGUGACUCAGAGGUUCUCCUCAGAGGAGCUAGUAUCAUGGAAUCUCCUUACAAGGACCAACAUAAACUUCCAGUACAUCAGCCUGCGACUCACCUUGGUGUGGGUGCUGGGCGUCAUCAUUCGCUACUGUGUCCUCCUGCCUCUGAGGAUUACCUUGGCUUUCAUUGGGAUCACUUUGUUGGUCAUGGGAACUACACUGGUCGGGCAGCUGCCAGACAGCAGUCUCAAAAACUGGCUCAGCGAAAUGGUCCAUCUGACUUGUUGCCGGAUCUGUGUGCGGGCUCUCUCUGGAACCAUUCACUAUCAUAACAAGCAGUAUCGGCCUCAGAAGGGAGGCAUUUGUGUGGCCAACCAUACGUCUCCCAUAGAUGUUCUGAUCUUGACCACAGAUGGGUGCUAUGCGAUGGUUGGCCAAGUACAUGGUGGAUUGAUGGGAAUCAUCCAGAGAGCUAUGGUCAAGGCUUGUCCACAUGUCUGGUUUGAACGCUCAGAAAUGAAGGAUCGACACUUGGUUACUAAGAGACUAAAAGAACAUAUUGCUGAUAAGAAAAAAUUACCUAUAUUAAUCUUUCCUGAAGGAACUUGUAUCAACAACACUUCAGUCAUGAUGUUUAAAAAGGGAAGCUUUGAAAUUGGAGGAACCAUACAUCCUGUUGCAAUUAAGUAUAAUCCUCAGUUUGGAGAUGCAUUUUGGAACAGCAGUAAAUAUAACAUGGUGAGCUACCUGCUCCGAAUGAUGACCAGCUGGGCCAUCGUCUGUGACGUGUGGUACAUGCCCCCCAUGACUAGAGAGGAAGGAGAAGAUGCAGUUCAGUUUGCUAAUAGAGUAAAGUCUGCUAUUGCUGUGCAAGGGGGGUUGACUGAGCUUCCCUGGGAUGGAGGACUAAAGAGAGAAAAGGUGAAGGACACUUUCAAGGAGGAGCAGCAGAAGAAUUACAGCAAAAUGAUCGUGGGCAAUGGAUCUCUUAACUCAGAAUCGGACUGAUUGCCUCUGGAGAUCAAACGUGGCUUCCCUUAAAAUGGAAUGUGUGUGUGUGUGUGUGUGUGUGUGUGUUUUGAGAUAAGGGAGGCAUUUUUUUUCUUUUAUUGUUUUUGGUUUUAAUUUGCAAUCUUUUCUACAGGAUGAUUGUCUCUACCUCUAUGCCAGGGGCGGGAUCUACUGUCCCCCUGGGGCUUUUGUUGUUAAAACACUCGCCCCAUGAAGUGGAAGGGAGUUUACUGUGUUUAAACAGAUUCUGCCUUUUCUGAAAUGAUUGUGCCAUUGUUGAUUGAAAGAAAUAUACAAGAAACAGUACUUCUAAAACACUUCUGGAACUUACUGUCUUUGGAACGCAUUGAUAUGGUAAUGAUCAAGAAAAAAACAAACCCAAACCCCUCUUUCCCUCUUCACUUUCUCACCCCCUUUCCUCCCACUCCCUCUAGUCUUUGGGGAGUGAUGUGGGCCACAUCCAGUUCACAAUUAAGGUCAUGGCUCUGACCUACUGCAAGGUUGAAAUGGAGAAAAGUCUGGUAUUUAGGAGAAAGGACAACUUUGUGAUCUCUUGAUAAAAGUUGAAAGAAACUGUCAAUAUUUAUUCUUAGAGUGUUAGAUGAGAAAUAUCUUGGUGAACUUUACCCGACAGAAGUGAGUCAAGUGUGUGUGCAUGUAUACGUCUGCAACUUUCGAACAAAUACUUUAGCCCAUAACAUGUGCUGAAGUUUUUCGUUUUCCUUGUUUGUAUUUUGAAGAUGUAUAACUAGUGCCUCCCUGUCUACUCGUUUGUUUGAAUUUGUAAUCACAGUUUCAAAGAGGAGCCUUUUACAACAGCAACAAUAAAUCAUGUGACAGUCUCCAGUGGAUGCAGGUGAAAGUGCAAAAGCCCUUUACAGUUUAUUUCACAACUUUCUCAGUUCUUAAACACAAAAGUGAGUGGCAAAAUUACCUUUUGGGAAAUGAGCCUUAAAUUUUUUAAAGGGGAAAAUAAGUGUCACGGCUAAGUAAUGUUUGAUAGCAAUGUAACGCCAUCAUAAACUUGGAGAGCUUUAUCUCUCUUCUGGUAACCAUGUACAGAAUGUGAAACUGUCUUAUGGUGAAUAUAAAUAAAUUCUAUAUUUCUAAAUGUUUUUGGCA